AUGAAGUUCAUUGUCGCAGAACUGGUCGUGCAUGCCAGUCCAGAUCUCGUACGUCGUGGCCUUGGGAGUGCGCACGAUGUCACGCACAUCUUUGGCGAUGGAGAUGUAGAUCCAGCUGAGGAUGCAUUGGUCCACGACGUGCCAGUCGGGAUCAUGGCGCUGGAGGUCGGUUGGCGGCUCGGAGACAUGGAAGGUGAGGUUGAAUUUGCCGAGGAAGGCAUCCAUGAAGCAGCGCCAUUCAUCGUAGUUGGCGUCAGCGAGGGCAAGAACGACGGGAACAUGCGACUUGAUGUUCACCGUCUGGAGAACGACGGCAGGGGGAGUGGGGACGGCGGUAGCGGCAGUGCCGGUGUAAGACUCGUCAUCGAGGGAAGAGUGGGAGGAGUCGAAGACAUCAGCAUCGAAGAGGAGGUUGUGAUCCAUGAGACUGGAGGCAGUGGAGAUGGGAGGCGGCAGCGGCGGGCGGGGUGA